AUGCGUAUUCUGUCGAAGCUUCGACGAUUUGCUAUUCUGCUAGUUUUCGUGGGUUUUCUGACCAGACACAAGAGUGGCGCAGAGAAGGUUCUGUUGGUACCACCGUCAUAUGGCGACAGCCACUGGAUGACUCUGGCCAGACUUAGCCGUGCUAUGGUGGAUAGAGGUCAUGUCGUCACUGUGAUUGUUUCAGAGGACAUUGUGGGAAAACGAGGGGCAGAGUGGCCUGACUUUAAGUUUGAGGCAUUCCAAGAUCAAGGAAUCCGAGCAGCACUUCAGGCACUACAAGACCAAGCGUAUUCUGAGGCCGGAGAAUUGUCUUUCGUCAAAUUAAGAGAAGCGUUCGCUUCUGCGUCCGAAGAGCUCAAACAAUACUGUGCCAUGUUGCUUGGGGACAGUAAACUUGUGGAACGAUUGAGAACAUCCCGGUAUAGUGUGGUGAUUUCUGACCCCUUUUUCCCUUGUGGUGCUAUCCUCUCAGCCUAUCUAGACUGCCGCGUCCCCCACAUCGCCCUUUUGCGUGGAGAUCCGUUCUUUCUUGAUGUAAAGGCGACUGGUGUACCGGUGCCCCCGUCAUACGUACCAUCCCUACUUACCGAUUUUACUGAUGAUAUGACCUUUCUACAGCGUCUUCAGAACGUCGUACUGUCUACUGUUGUACCGGUGAUGGCACGUCAGGUUGUGAACGGAAUCUAUAACGAACUGGUCCGGAAGUACAUAGGCGAGGAAGAAACUAUUCAGAGCGUGACGUCACGUACGGACUUAUGGCUGUAUAGAACUGAUGAUGUGCUGGACUUCCCUCGUCCCAGCAUGCCCAACAUUGUGCAAGUUGGAGGACUGAAUGUCCGUGCGGCCGUUCCUCUAACUGAGGUGAGUUAG